AUGCCGCCGAUCACACUUUACUUCCUGCAAGCCUCGCGCUGCAUCCGCACUGCCUGGCUACUCGAGGAGCUUGGUCUGGACUACGAGCUUGUCUUCUCCGACCGUGUGAACCAGAAAGCACCAGAAGACUUCAAGCUUGCGUCGGGAAACCCGCUUGGAAAGUUCCCGACCAUCAAAGAUGGCAAGCUGACGAUUGGCGAGAGUGAUCCGGCUCAGCGCGUCAAAGUCCGUCAGUGGAUUCAUGCGUCGGAAGCAACCUUCGCGCUGCACGCCCUGGCCAUUCUAUAUGCGAGGUGGAACGUCAAAGACGUGCCCGAAGGAGCCCUCGAAGCAGCGGAGGAACGUAUGGCCGUCAAUGUGCAGAACGACAUGUCGUGGCUCGAGACUGAGCUCUCGCUUUCUCCAGGCCAAUUUCUCUGCGGCGAUCAUGUCACGGCUGCAGAUAUCAUGAUGCAAUUUUCGGCGCAAUUUAUCCUUGCGAGGGAUUUGGGUACGCUAGGUAAAGAGUGGCCGAACAUCAAUAAGUGGUUGGAAGCGUGCAAGAAGACGGACAGCUAUCAGCGUGCGGUCAAGAAGACAGGAUAUGAGUUGUGA